AUGUCUCUCCUUUGGCAAUGUGCAAUUCUUUUGGCUGUCGUAGCAACAAGCGCUGCCAAUGAAGAUUUUAAUGUGGAUUGUGAAAAACACUCCAUUAAAGUGACAUGGAAGGUCAGUCCAGAGUUGGUUGAACAUGCUGCCCGUCUUUUCCUUGGACACUGUGUUCCGUCCACAUUUUCUGUUCUUCCCACGGGAGAAGGGAUGGCGACAUUCCACUACAACCUCAAUGGCUGUGCCAUCAAGAAACGGGUGACUGGCAAAAAACACAUCUAUUCAACCAGCCUGACUUACAGACCUAACCAAAAGCCCAAACCUGCUGCUAUUAGUCACCAUAUUAAGUGUGUUUACAUAAGACCUGAGGGAUUGAUUCCCCCAUUCCUUAUCCCUGCCUAUGGUAGUGCUGAGGGUCAUGGAGGAUUGGUUUUCCACAUGGCACUCCUCAAUGAAGACCUUACUGGUCUGGCUAAGAGCAGCCUGUUUCCCCUGGGCUCUUUCAUCCCCAUCUGGGCAGCAGUGGAUCAGAAGGACCAUCAGCCCUUGCUGCUGCUCUUGGAGGAGUGUGUGGCGGCCACAACACCAGAACUGCAGUCUGCGAGCCUGGUGUACCCCAUCAUCACCAACAAGGGUUGCCUUGCAGAUGGGAAGACUGGGAACUCCAGGUUCCUGCCUAGGUACCACUCGUCUGCUAUUCUGCUUUACCUGCAGUCCUUCAAGUUUGCCUUAGGCGAGGAAGUGUAUAUUCAUUGUAAGCUUGUUGCAUGGGACCCUGAGGUUUUUGAUAUAGAAAAGAAGGCCUGCCACUACAUUAAAGAGACUGGAGAAUGGGAGCUGCUGGACGACCCGUCUCAAAGUGACCUCUGCAAGUGCUGUGACUCGAGUUGCAAGCCUCGGUUGAAGAGGGGUGUGGAUUCAGAAGCCCAGGGCCUGGUUCAAAACUCUGUUCUUGGACCGCUCACAAUAGUGGAAAACUCUGAAACCCGGAUCCCCAUACUAGGAGAAAAUGCCAUGGAGUACUGGAUCCGGUUGAACAAGGCAGUAGAUGUGGCCGACGAGUGUUUGAGGAGGCAGGGUCGGAGCACCGAGGACUCCAGCCGAGAUAGUGAAGAAAUGCCCAGAAAAAUAGCGACAGUCAAACUCAACCAGGCUGUCACACUCCUCGCUAAACAAGAGCAGCUAGUAUCCCAACAGCGUGCCAAUGUCUCCAGGGAGCACCAUGCCAUGAAAUAUCAUGGUGGGUCGAUUCAUCACACCCAUGUGGGGCGACAGGUGGGUGCCCAUGAAAGUCACUAA